AUGGAGAGGGAAGCUGCAAGUCCUGACCGAAGUUCUCCACUCUCCGAUGUAUAAUUUUAUGUCUCCAGUUUUUAAGAAAAUCAAAAUUUUUGGAAUCUGUCGGUUUUAACGGGGCUCUAAUUUGAUCAAUUGAUUUUAAAAACUGUUUUUCCGAUUGACGAAAAAUCAUCAUUUUGGUGUUUCCUGAAAAUGGUCCUACUGAUUUAACCACCCGUGUCUUACGGCUCCUCACAGUUUUCAAAAAAAAACCAGUCGAAAAUAUCAAUUUGAAGCUUUUUUCAGUCCGAUACGCUUGAAGAAAGCAACAUGAGCACCUGCUCCGAAAAUUCGAACACACCCUUGGUUUUUUAUUGCUCUUUAUCUAAUAUCGGAAAUUAUUCAAUUCUAGACGAACGAACAGUACAGGGAAGCCAUGCGGAAGGAAGGAGAGGUAAUUUCAACCUUUAUGGAAAUAUUCACAGAAAUAAUCGAUUCCAGGCUUUCGUGCAAAGAGUCUGCGUUGCGGUUCGUAGGGAAUAUGCAGAAGUGUAUGACGUUGGUUUCAAAAUCCUAUUCGACAUGAAUAUUAGAAAACUUCUUUUUCAAAAGUAUUUUGUUGACCAAGGAAAAUGAAAAUUGUUCAGUAUAACUUUUUCUAACAAAAAUGGAAAUGAUGAAGGUCUGGUUAAAAGUUCUCUAGGUUUUUGGGUAACCAUGAUAAAAGUUUGUAACUUCCAUUACAGGAAAUUGUGGAGAACUUGAAGAAGUUGGAGAACUUGAACGAUGGGAUGGAUCAACACAUGCAGGAAACGAACGAAAUGAUGGCGGAGAUAAGGGAGGUAUUUUGGUCCUUCGGAAACAAUUUCAGAAAUGCCUGAUUCAGUUUAAUGAGGCGUUAUUGGAAGAAGUCAUACGCGUCCACUCCGCAAAAACAAUGGAAGAGGUUUGUCUUUGAAAUCUAUAGAGCUCAAACUUCUAGAAAAAUAGGUCUUUCAAAAAUUUAUUCAACCAAUAAAAAAAUGUUUUUCCGCAUUUUUUUAAAAAUUUAAUUUGCAUCUUUCAUGUCCAGAAACCUUUAAAAAGCGAUAGCUCUGUUUAGGUUCGGGACGGAGAGGAAAAACUUCUAUAA